AAGUAAGAGACCCGGAAGUGAACGUCUUCUUAAAAAGACAGUCCUUUGUAAACUGGAUACACGAACAGUUUGUCAUGAUUAAUGGCAUCAGCUCGUCGUUCGUGUUACAAUAAUGGAACAGUCUCCCACCUCGAUGCUGAGGAUUAGAAGGGAAGGAAUGGUAAACGUCCAGAGAGCCCAAGUUUGAACUCAAGUGGGUGCAGUUUAUCACACCAUGUUGGUGACGGCAUACCUUGCCAUAAUCCUGCUGCUUUUCCUGUGUGUUGGCCUUGAGCUCACAGCCCGUCGUCUCACCCCUCCUCAGCCGGCUCAGACGGCUGCAGCCAACCCAGCCUUCUUGCGCUUCCAGAGCGUCUUCCUCCGGGCCUACCUCCUGGCUCUCUGGGCGGAUUGGCUCCAGGGUCCUUACCUGUAUAAACUUUACCGCCACUACAGCUUUCUGGAGUCCCAGAUAGCCAUAAUUUAUGUGUGUGGCUUGGCCUCCUGUGUGCUGUUUGCUCCUUUUUCAGGCUGGCUCCCCCAAGCCUUGGGCCGCAGACAUACUUGUCUGCUCUUUUGCCUAUGUUACUCUGCUUGCUGCCUCACCAAGCUAUCCAGGGACUAUUUCGUUUUGAUUGUAGGUCGCAUUCUAGGAGGACUGUCCACAUCCCUGCUCUCCACCACAUUUGAGGCCUGGUAUGUCCACCGGCAUGUCAGCGUUCACGAUUUUCCCAAGGAGUGGAUUCCCAGCACCUUCAACAAAGCUGCCACAUGGAACCAUGGGCUCGCUGUGGGAGCUGGCCUGACUGCUAACUUGCUAGCUGAGUGGCUCCACUUGGGGCCGGUGGCUCCUUUUCUCCUGGCUGUGCCCUGUUUGGUGUGCUGUGCCUGGGUGGUGUUAACAGACUGGGGCAAGGAAGAGGCAGAAGGACAUGAAAGUGACAAACAGACGCUUCUCCUUGGCGCUCCAAAUGGGGGUUUGACUCGUAUGACAGCAAAGGCCCGGUUCUCACGCAGCUGCAAUGAUGGACUUCGUUGCUUGCUCUCAGACAAGAGAGUCAUGCUCUUAGGUGGCGUGCAGGCUCUAUUUGAAAGUGUCCUCUACAUCUUUGUUUUCCUUUGGACACCAGUACUGGACCCUCACGGUCCUCCUUUGGGGAUAGUGUUUUCCUGCCUAAUGGCUGCCAGUAUGGCUGGCUCCUUAAUGUACCGCCUAGCCACCUCUUCACACUAUCGUCUGCAGCCUGGCCAUGUACUCUGUUUGGCUGUUUUGAUGGCUUUCUUCUCUUUAUACAUGCUAACCUUUUCCACCGCGCCAGGACAGCCAAGACCUCACGAAUCCUUCCUCGCCUUCCUGUUCCUGGAACUGGCAUGUGGACUUUACUUCCCCGCAGUCAGCUUUCUCCAGAGCAGGGUGAUUCCUGAGGAGAAGCGGGCUGGAGUGCUGGCCUGGUUCCGCCUACCUCUGCACCUGCUGGCCUGUCUGGGUCUGCUGGCGCUUCACGGUGAGGUGUCAGGGACAGGCGGAGGGGAGGGCGGCAGCGGUACCAGACACAUGUUUGGAGGCUGUGCAGUCAUGAUGCUGGUGGCUUUGAUGGCUGUCGUCAGUUUGUUCACACUAGGCAGGAAAGACUCGGACCUCAGACUGGAGGGAGCCAGGGGAGAGGGCGAGAUGUACUGAACAAGCAUAUCAGGUUUUCCUACAUGUUUUUAUCAUUUCUUUGUGACCGAGAAUAGUAGAAAUCUGCAAACAAAAGGACAUAUUUUAAAGUAAAAUCUAAUUAGAUUUUUGUUUUUCCAUGGUACUGCUUGCUUUGUUUGUUUUUUUUUGUCUUUUUUUGCUGGUGCUUUUUUCUGUCAAUCAAAUUGCCAAUGCAAUUUGCCCAAAGGUUCUGGUUAAUGCAAUUUGUUUUUACAGGGUAUAUGUAUUGAUGUUAAUAAAAGCUGUAUGCUGUA